AGUCGAUGGCGACGAUGAAGGAGUCGCUCAUGGUGGAAGCAGGACGAGAACCGGGAGUACCGGACAGUCACAGUCUGCAGAGGGAGAGAGAAAGGGCUGAACUCCAGCUGCAACCACAGUGCACGUUCUGACAGAAUGACAGGAGGAGGAGGAGGAGGAGUCGCCGCUCAUGGUGGAACCAGGACGCAGCGCUGUGCGCAAAAACGCACCGGCGGUCACACUGAGUCAGGGUCAGUGGAGGAGGAGUUGAUCCACACUCUGCUCUCUGCCACUCUGACAAGCCGCUGUCAGACACAUUCAACACUCCCACCACCGAGGGGAAGGCUGCAGCCACCAAGUGCGUCGAGAGAAAGCACUGCAGCAGUUCGAGAUGGCCACUGAUAAAAAGAACUCAAACACAACCAGCUCUGUUCCAGAAGCCGGAGGAGAAACAAUAGUGAGAUGCAGACACGCCAUACAGAUGGAGCAGCAGCUGAGAUCUGUUCUGGACAAAAAAGAGGAAGAACUGAGAGCAGCCCGCCAUGAAGUGAGCGAGAUGAAACGGCAUUAUGAAGAUCAAAUUGGAAAAUUAAGCUCUACUCUGCAUCAAAAACAGCAAGAAAUGCAGACAAUCACAGAGAGACGUCAGGGGAAUGAGCAGCAGUUCCAGGCAAGAAACGCCAUGUCGAUGGAGCAACAACUCAUCCAGAUUAGAUCUGUUCUGGACAAACAAGAGGAAGAACUGAGAGCAACCCGCCAUGAAGCGAGCGAGAUGAAACGGAAUUAUGAAGAUCAAAUUGUAAAAUUAAGCUCUGCUCUGCAUCAAAAGCAGCAAGAAAUGCAGACAAUCACAGAGAGACGUCAGGGGAAUGAGCAGCAGUUCCAGGCAAGCUAUAUCAGCAGGAUAACAUCUGGUCUCCAAACAGUCUUCCAGCAUGUUAUGUCCCCCUUCAGCAGUGCCAUUAGCGACUGGUUUGGGACACCAGACCAAGAUUUCAGAUUUGCGCAAAUGGAAAGCUAUUACAAACAAGAGCUUCAGAAAUACAGUUGUGCUCUGGGGGAAAGGGCGAACGAAGUGGAGGGCUACAAACAGCGCAUGGCAGAGAGGGAAAGCUAUUUCCAACGGAAAAUGGACGAGAAGAGGUCCAUCCUUCAACAAAGAGAAGAGGAACUGAAAUCCUUCAAAGACAGAGUUGCAGGAGAGGUUGCACUCUCAAUAAAGACAGGAAAAAAUGAAAGCAUGAACAAUCCUGUCAGUAAGACCAGGCUCAAGGAGAUGUACGAGGACAUGAGGCUGCAGUUUCUGACCAUCAAAAAUCGUCUGAAAUCAAGCAACUACAGACCAGACUCUGUCAAAGCUUCGCUUCAGGGGAUCUUCACUACUGCAGCAGAGAACAUGGAGCAAAAAACAAAGGAGAUCGACCAAAUAUUUGGACUGAAUGAGGCCAACAGCAGCCCCGUAUCCCAGAAGGUUAAUGAGUACAGAAAGGCCACGGUUCAGUAUCUGCAGCUGACGCUGUACCACAACAGCAAAGAGGAAGCUGAAUCAAAGAUGGCUUCACUUCAAAACGAAGAGAAUCCCGAGGCUGUGAUGGAGCUCCUGACCUCUCACUGCCGGUGGCUGGCGAACCUCUUGGCUUUGAACGAUCCUCCUCUUCAGCCCGACUGGGAGAAUCAUGACCCAGGGAUGAACAAGUGGGACAUUUUACCACGAAACCUCAAUUCUUCCUCUGCCCUUUAAAGGACCACCGUCCAGCGCCAGCACAAAAGGGUCCUGUCUAAACAGUCCAGUGUGAACACUUGAAUACCAGUGUGCUGGUGUGUAUUUGUCUCAGUGCACGUCUGAUUUACAGUGGGGACACGGAGGAGUGGAUGGGUGGGUGGCGGGAUGGGUGGAAGAAAGAUCACAGUAAAACACUUUGUAGAAUCAGUCUUGGGAAUUGGGCCACAUUAUUUAUGGGCUGCACACAUUUUGUUGACACUCUAUCAUCGUUCACAGCAGAAAUAUCACAGAAGUCUGACUUGACUGUAAAUGUUGUGUUUCCAUGCGCCAAACAUUCGAAUGGUGUCCUGCUGACCAGGAGACCCAGAUCCUGAUUAGAUGAGAGAGGAGGGAGCUUGGUGAGCAGAGAGGAGAAUCUCACAUGUAAAUGAGUGAAGGCUGUGAAUACAUGGCAGGUUACUCACACCUGAUGUGAACGAAGGACUUAACAAAGUCAUGUUUGGGUUUGUUUGUUUUUUUGGUUGGGUGCAUAUGGUGAAGCUCAAAUAAUGAACGUCACAAAAAUGUGGCGUGAUAUCAGGGGAAAAAGUACAUAAUUAUAUUGAACUCUAUCAUAUUUGUAUGCUGGAGACAGGAAGUCUGUCUGCAAGCGUCAGUGUGAUGUUUUUGUGAAUCAGAGAUCGGAUAAGGGGUCAGCACUCAAGUUGGGAAAUGCGGGGCACUUCGGCCAAAGGAGUUUCACCCAUUCUCUCAUUUGUGUGUAUUGAUAUGAUUUGUGUUGACAUCAGAUAACUAUGAAGUUGCGUUGCAUUUUAUUUGACUCCAUGUGAAAAGUGAGCUGUUUUUGCACCUCGCUACAUCAGUUUGUCCUCACACUUUAUUGUGGUGGUUCUAACUCUUCAUGCCUUCAGUUCAGCGACGUGACUGUCUCCUGCUGUAACCAGUGUAAAGACGUUGCCUUUCUCUCUGAGACUAAAUGAAUUGAACAUUAUCUGUGGGUCAAAACAUGGAUGUCAGAAUGGCUGUGGCUCACAAACUGAGAGGCGGGCCUGAUCCUUCAGGUGCCAGAGAACUGAAGAUCAGCCCUGCAAGAGGAGCAAUCUGAGGGGAAAAAGCUGCCUUUUCCCUGCAUGUUUGAGAAAGAAAAAAAAAACUAUGGAAAAAUAAAAGGUGGAGGGGAAAAUUGUUUCU